AUGAGUUUGAACGAGCACUCACUUCAAGCACUGUCCUGGAGAAAACUGUACCUGAGUCGAGCCAAACUGAAGGCUUCCAGCCGGACAUCAGCUCUCCUCUCCGGGUUUGCUAUGGUGGCCAUGGUAGAAGUGCAGCUGGAACACAGUUACCCCUACCCACCUGCUCUCCUCAUCGCCUUCAGUGCCUGCACCACAGUGCUUGUUGCCGUGCACCUGUUUGCUCUCAUGGUCAGCACCUGCAUUCUGCCAAACAUUGAGGCCGUCAGCAACGUGCACAAUCUAAACUCUGUGAAGGAGUCCCCGCACGAAAGGAUGCACCGGCACAUUGAACUGGCGUGGGCUUUCUCCACUGUCAUUGGCACUUUGCUUUUCCUCGCAGAGGUGGUCCUGCUCUGCUGGGUCAAGUUUUUGCCAAUUAAGCCCAUCAAGUCCAACAACAGUACGGUUUCAUCCGGCGUGGCUGCUGCUAUAACCUCCACCUCCAUCAUGGUUCCCUUUGGUUUAAUCUUCAUAGUCUUUGCCGUGCACUUUUAUCGCUCCUUGGUGAGCCACAAGACUGACAGACAGUUCCAGGAGCUUGAGGAGCUGUCUAACCUCACCAGGCUUCAAAACGAGCUCGAUAACCGGGGGGAGUCGUCCAUGUUGCACUCGCCCAGCUCACAUUUUCCAUAAAAAAAAAAACGAGUGCAUCUGUGCAGGAUCUUUUGACUCCUUUGGAUUUUUCCCCAAGACAGGAAGACGCAAUUUCGGGAUUCAGAAUUUUUAACAGGAAUGAAGAAUUGUGAAAA